UCAGAGCGCGGAGCAGCACGGCUCCACGGCAUCACGCUCUGCCAGCGUUCCUUCCCGGAGGCCUUGCGCAAGGGAGAUGCCACGUGCUGUUCACCCGGAGGCCCAGCGCCGGGCCUAUGACCCCAUCGACCCGCGGCCACCUACGACCUCAGGUCUCAGCUUGGAUUCAGACUCCCACGUGGGGAAGCUCACAGCACGCUUCUGUCCCCAGCACCCUCUGGGACCAGUGCUUUGGAUUUCUGAGGAGCCCAGGGACACGCUUACGCCUUAGCAGCUUCGAGAAGGCGGGGGACCUGCAGGACCCACCAGCAGGGCCCCACUCGGUGCCGCGUGACUGGACAAGCUGGCCCGCCAGCCAGUGGCACCCCGUCCUCCCGACGAUGUCGCUGCGGCCUCCGAGACAGCAGGAUCCCGAGAGCCACCUCACAGGGAACUGCCCGUGGGCAGGUGCGGCAUGCGGGGGGCCACGGCUCUCGGGCGAGCUGAGGAGGACACACGGGACACUGGGGCCUCCUCCUGGGACGGCAGCUGAGCCACAGCCACCCCAUGUGACCAGGUGGUGGCCGUGCCCCCCGGACUCCUGCUCUGCUCCCCGCAAGCGGAUCUGCUCUGCGACCCCAUCCCAGAAGCCAAGGCUACGUUCCAGUUCCAGCUGCCCCUGUCUGCCCGGCGCGCGGUUGCCCGUGUCCCGAAAGGUGGAAAACUAUGGGGGUAAAAGCAUCUGGGGGUUUUUGUAAAAGGAUAUUUGUCUAUCUAUUUAUUCAUUCAUUCACUCAUUGUGAUAGGGAGAGAGAGAGCAAGAGA